AUGGACGGAUUCUCAUUCCCACCUCCUCCUCCACCUCCGCCAAAGGCGACAUCUUCAUCACAACCAGAAGCAUCUAAUCAAUACAACAGCCGCGGAGGUAGAGGCGGAAGAGGUGGAAGUGGAGGUCGCGGAGGUCGUGGUUCGUUCAGAGGUCGAGGAGGUGCACCACAGCGUGGCGGAGGCAACUUCCCACAUCAGAACACCAAUCAUACUGGAUAUGGGCAAAAUACUGGCAACUACCAACCAAAUAUUGGCAAUCAACAGCAACAUCAAGGCCUUCCACAGUUUCAGAACAAUCAGAAUUACCAAGCUCCACAGCAAUAUCAAAUCCCUCAGCAGUACCAGGCUCCACCAGGUUCUUAUGUUAACCCGGCAUUCGGUGGGAUGCAAGCCCAGGCAUAUCCUCAACCUCAGACAAUUCAGUAUGGACAGCAAAACUCGUAUGCUACUGGACAAAAUAGUCAACCUCUCUACGGAACUCCCGGCGGUUCAAAUCAUCCACCUGCGGAGAAACGCACUCGAGAUCAGGCUUUCGGAAGCUCGAAUAGAGGAAACCCCGUGAAGAAAUUCCAGAGUGUACCAAAGGCUCAGGUCGCUCCAGCAGUUCCCAGCUUUGGAGCACCAAUCCUCCCUCAGAAGCCUCCACCGUCAUUGGCAUCUGGCGGCGGUCUGAAAGAACGACCUUCGACAGGACUCGGACUCAUACCACAAGAUUACGGAUCAGCAGACAACUCAGACGAGAACGAGGACGAGGAGGUAGACGAAGAAGAUGUUGAUGAAGAAGCCGCUUUGAGUGCCUUGCAAGACGGACCGUUGAGUUUCGAGUUCAAUGGAGAGUUGUCAACUUUAGGUUCAGCAGCGGAUAUCGCCGAGUGGAUUGAAGAGCGCAGAAAGCGCUGGCCAAGUAAACGUAGAGUGGAGGAGAAGGAAUUGGAAGUGCAGUCACGUAUGGAGGAACGUAGACGAAUUGAGCAGGAGACUCGGGCAGCGAUUGCCAGUGCUUCAGGAGGCGAGCAUCAGUCUGUGGUAAGGGAGGAUCGCCAGCAGAGACCGAUGAGAAAACCUGCUACCGAGAGACACGCUCGUCAGGCAGAAGUUUCAACACUAGAAGACACACAGAAGGAGCUUGCGAUCCAAAUGCAGAAGGUAGAGGAGCUACAGAAGCGCCUGACGGAGAGAGAAGGAGCUCAUGAUUCGACGAUGACUGAGGCAGCCGGACAAGCUAUGGACAACACACAGCAGCCUCAACAGGAAGUAUUGACAACAAAUACGAUCAUCGACCAGACAUCUUCAGAUCUGCCCGAGCAGGGAGCCCAUGCCGAACACGCAUCUCCAGCGGCUGAACAGCAUUUCUACGAAUCUGAUAGCGAUGCACCCCCUGAGGAAACGACUUCGAAACUUUCCCACCCAAUUCGCGUCCCUCCACCUACCGCAAACACCAAAGCGCUGCCAAAACAGCAACAAGCAGAAACUAGAUAUUGUGUAAGCUUUGUGAAUCAAGGCCGCUGCAAAUUCGGAAACAAGUGCCGAUUCAAGCACGAAUCAGGUUCUGGGCUGGAGAAGGGCAAGAGGAAGACCUUGUACCAGAGACUUGUUGAGCAGGAAGUGGACGAAGAGAACAAACUUGCAUUGCAGGCGAUUAAGUAUCUUGGUGGUGUUGGAUUCUUCAGCAAGCAUGCUGCUUCGACUUGA